GUAGGCGGCCGUGGGCUCAGUUAUGCAGCAGGAGCUGGUCUCUGUAGCUCUGUGUCUAUUGUAAGGGGAGCAGCACAAAGAGCGUACAGACUGUAUUUCCCACUGCACCACACCGGAGCCUCACACUGGAUCGCAAGCAGCCGACACCAUGAGCACCAGUAUCCGCUACAAGAGCAAACUGCUGAAAACAGAUGAGAAGGAGACAACAGCAGUAUAUGAUGGUUUGAGGAGUGGUUAUACAGUGGGCUCCCAUGAGGGUCGGCCCCAGACCCUACCAAUGGACCAAGAGAAGCAGUAUGUUGGGUUUGCUACUCUGCCCAAUCAAGUUCACAGGAAAUCUGUGAAGAAAGGAUUUGACUUCACCCUCAUGGUGGCUGGGGAGUCGGGCCUAGGAAAGUCUACCUUGGUGAAUAGUCUGUUUCUGACAGAUCUCUAUAAGGACAGGAAAUUGCUUAAUGCAGAAGAGCGAAUUAGCCAGACGGUGGAAAUUCUUAAGCAUACAGUGGACAUUGAAGAAAAGGGAGUGAAGCUGAAAUUAACCAUAGUGGACACGCCUGGCUUUGGGGAUGCUGUCAAUAACAAUGAAUGCUGGAAGCCCAUCACAGACUACAUAGACCAGCAGUUUGAACAGUAUUUUCGGGAUGAAAGUGGUCUGAAUCGGAAGAACAUUCAGGAUAACAGAGUGCACUGCUGUUUGUACUUCAUCUCACCUUUUGGACAUGGGCUGCGGCCAGUGGAUGUGGCUUUCAUGAAAGCUCUGCAUGAGAAGGUGAACGUUGUUCCUCUGAUUGCUAAGGCUGACUGCCUGAUUCCUGGCGAGAUCCGCAAACUCAAGGACAGGAUUAGAGAGGAGAUAGAGAAGUUUGGCAUUAAGGUUUAUCAGUUCCCAGAAUGUGACUCUGAUGAGGAUGAUGACUUUAAACAGCAAGAUAGAGAGUUGAAGGAAAGUGCACCAUUUGCAGUCAUUGGCAGCAACACUGUGGUAGAGGCCAAAGGCCAAAGGGUGAGAGGUCGUCUGUAUCCUUGGGGUAUUGUAGAAGUGGAGAAUCAGUCACAUUGUGACUUUGUGAAGCUGAGGAACAUGCUUAUCCGCACACACAUGCAUGACCUGAAAGAUGUCACUUGUGAUGUGCACUAUGAGAACUACCGAGCCCAGUGCAUCCAGCAGAUGACAAGGAAUGAAGAAAGACACAACACUGCAUCAAGCAAAUUGACUCAAGAUAAUAGGAUAGAAAGUCCAAUACCCAUCCUGCCACUGCCAACCCCAGAUGCUGAGACAGAAAAACUGAUUAAAAUGAAAGAUGAUGAGUUGCGACGGAUGCAGGAAAUGUUGCAGAAAAUGCAGCAGCAAAUUCAGGAACAGUGAAUAUCCUGUCAGAACGGCACUUACCCUUCACAUGUUCGACACACAUAACACAGCACCUCUAAGAUGAGUACGGAGUUGGAUGUGGUACCCGUGGACUCAUUGCAGCAUCUUAUUUAUUGUUAUAAUCACCCGUCCUAUAUGAACGUCUCUCUUUCUCUCUCUCUGUUUAAUGACCUAUCCUAUUCCUCCACAACAUCCUAAUAACGGAACCAAGCACUUCACUUAAAGGCUAAUCUUUUGUCAAAAAAUGAGCUUAAUCGCAGUCAAGCAUCUUUCAUGUCACUAGAAGAAAAUAACCGUAAGUGCAAAGCAUUCUGGGAAUUGCGCAGGAUUACUGCACAGCCUUAUGAGAAAAGUAAGCAAGUUACCCAGAGCACUCUGGGAAAUACCAUAUCACUUUUAGACACCUAUCCUGUUUCUUCCACUGUCUCUGACCCUAAUGCAGAAAGAGGGAUAUUCCUUGGAAGGAUUUAAAAUCAAUUUUCUACACAUUCCCGCUGCCACUCUUGAGACAAGGUUGUGUUCUUUUUUAUUUGUACAGUGUUGACGUUUAUUGGACUCAGGACUUCCUUUUUUUAUUUGUGUUAUUAUUAUUUUUCUGUAUCAAUGUUUACUCAGCAGGUGACUGACUAAUUAUCGCAGAACCCAGAAUGGUGGUAGUUCUUUCCAAAGCAGUGAGGGUUGCACAUUGCUGCCAUUGUUUUGCCUUUUAUUUUUGUCUUUUAAGAGCAGGCCUGAGUAUCACAUACAAACACACACACUUUAGACCAAACUUAAGGCAAUAUAUAUGAGAAACAGCUUAAACCUGGCUGAACCCAAAUGCUAAGGAAAAUCCAAUCAUUAUAGGGCAGGUGACACCAAAAUCAAUUCCUUAUCUUUGUGUGAUCAGAAGGUACAAAGUACUGAUCAAUAAAGAGCACAUUUACAGCUACCAUAUGUGUAUUGAAACUCUGAUAAAAUUUGAGUUAUGUCUAAAGGUGGCCAUAGACACACAGAUCCUCAGAUCGUGUGUGGCGUGCGCCGACAUCUUUCGUCCGGCGGAGAUCGGUCGUUUGGUCGAUCGGUCAGGUUUGAUUUUGACCCAACCGAUCCCGCCGGAGCCCACGGCACAUCGUAAUCGGAUCAUUCGGCCAUACGGCCGAACAAUCAGAUUACCCCGGAUAUAGCCAUGUUUGUUAAUGGCAUAUCGGGGAAAGAUCCGCUCAUUUGGAUCCACUCGUUUGGUAAGGGUAGAGCUAAGUGCAAGUGAGGAGCAGUGCAUUGUGGCAGUCUAAUAACCAGCUCACAUGUGCCACCCAGAGUCUCUCUGUUAUGUGUAGCUGGAAGGAUGCGGCAGCUGCUUAGCAGUCCACAGACUUAUGUUGAGUUAAAUUAUUUUUUCUUCUUUAUUUAUAUAACACUGUUGUAUUCUGCAGAGCUUUACAGUAACCCCGCAAUGUUCCUAUGACAUUGGCAAACACUAUGGUCAGUUUUAUUUCACUGCAAUUAAAGGAAUGUGGGAGUAAACUAGAGUACCUGUAGAAACCAUCCCAAAAGCAGAGUAAGAACGUACAUGCUCCUUGCUGAGAGUUGCCUGACCAGGGUCGGACUGGACUAGGGGGAAUACCGGGUAAAAACCCAGUGGGCCUCGCAGACCCGUGCCCAUCUACUGCCCACAAAGGCCCACGCUGUCCCCUGACCUCUCCUGGUCCUGAUCACGCAAUUACAGGAAAGGUACAGGAGGGCAGAGAGGGUUGUGACUGGAAUUGAACCUCCCUCCCACAACACUACAAGGUAGCAAUGCUAACCACUGUGCCAUUGUAAAAUAGGUUUUUGGUCUCUGUAAAAUAAUUAUAUUUCUGUUUGAGUGGAAACCUGUUAUUUAGCUACCUCCAACUAGUCACAAACAAUAGUCUUACUUUAUGGCAUCAUUUACAAAAUGGAAUAUUGUCAGGGUAAGACAAAAAAAUUGCUUCUGUCUUAUCAGGAAAGGACACAGCGAAAUCAUUAUAUAAUUCUGCUAAAAUCCCAGUUUUCAUGUCUGUUCUUUACAUCCAUGAGCCAUUGUUUAAAAAUAGACAGUGGAGAAUAAGUCUAAAUGAAGUACUACCUUGAUGACCCUUAGUUCAUUUUAUUUUUGAUGAUACACUAUAGCCGUCAUUCAGUUAGGAAGCACCAUCUUGAAGAGUGCAGCCAAACCCUGGAUGCAAGUGCUUUUUAAAUGAGGACUACUAAGGGGCAUUCCUUUCCACCCCGUAGUCCUUUUGCCAUGCGUCUGGGAUCAUAGAAUAUGACCCCUGGUGUCGUUUUGCCCUGCUAUAUUUUACUCAGAAAUAGUUUUAUACUGUAGUAAAAUGACUGAUGUGCCCCUGCAUUUUGUGAGUGUUUAUUAAGGAUCUCAGACCUGUCUGAGAAAAUGAAAUUCAUGACAGCUAAAAGGACCACCAGUAUGAUAAACAUGUGUGAUUGAUCUUCUAGAGUUCGGGAAAUGUUUGGUGCUGAAAAGAUGUAGCUGUGUAUGGACCAAAAAGAGCUAUAAUAGGUAUUUGUUAAUUUCCAUAGAUCAGUUCUUUUCGUCUGCCCACUAUUUCUGUAAUAUAAUUUGCAUGGUCUGGAUUUUGUUUGCCAUCUCUCACAGUUUGAUUGGCCUCCACCAAACACACUAUUUGGAUUGCAGGGAUCCACAAAAGGCACUGAACGUUAAGGAAACAAUUUAAGACCGGCAAUAUUUCUGAACUUAGAAUAAGUAAAGGGGACAUUCCAUUUAGGUGUUUCUGUGUAAUGGGAAUUGAGUUGCUAAUCCAUGGCUUGGCGACCUGCAGCUCUCCAGUUUAUUUAUCUGCACCUCUGGGCGAGCUGGUGCCAGACAGGUUAUAGCAUAGGGCUGCAGGCUGUUUUCCUAUGGAUUAAGCACCAUUGUGCCUGUUAACCCUGCUCCUCUAUUCCCAUUUGAAGUAUUUUUGUGAUCCUCUGCCCUGUAGUAGCCCACCUUGAACAGUGCAUAUCCUGCGUACAGAUAUUUCUUAUAUUGAUUGUGUGUAAUUAAUGUUUACAACCUGAGAAUCUUAAUAAACCUUUAAAAUGCA